GUUAAAACCGCCGGCGCUCGCUGAGUUGUAUUUGGCGGAACGCACUUGACGCGCAGCGGUAAGAAGAAGCAGUACCAGGCGAUGGCGGACAGGCCAACGGAUAUGGCGCCGGUGCACGUGCUGGUGUUCCCCUGGCCGCUGCAGGGCCACAUCAACUCCAUGCUCCCCUUCGCCGAGGGCCUCCUCGGCGCCGGCGUCCACGUCACCUUCCUGCACACGGAGCACAACCUCCGCCGGGUCGACCGCGCCGCUUCGCCACGCCUCCGCUUCGCGUCCGUGCCGGACGGCCUCCCCGACGACCACCCGCGCUCGGUCGCCCACCUCAGCGAGAUCGGCAGGUCCCUGAGGCCGAGCGCCAGUGCCGCCUACCGCGCCCUGCUCGCCCCGGCGCUCUCCACCGGAAGCAACGCCGACGGCGGGUUCCCGCCGGUGUCGUGCGUCGUGGCCGACGGCUUGCUGCCGUUCGCCAUCGAUAUCGCCGAGGAGCUCGGCGUGCCGGCGCUCGCUUUCCGCACGGAGAGCGCGUGCAGCAUCCUGGCUUACCUCUCCGUGCCCAGCCUCGUGGGGCUCGGCGAGGUUCCCGUCCCUGCAGGCGCCGACCUCGACGAGCCGGUCCGUGGCGUUCCGGGGAUGGAGGGCUUCCUGCGGCGGCGAGAUCUUCCAAGUUCUUGCCGCGGCCACGGCGAGGCCGGCGAACUCGACCCCAUGCUGCAGGUACUCGCCAAGUACACCGCUCACAGCUGCAAGGCUCGGGCGCUCAUCUUCAACACGACCGCGUCACUGGAGCGGUCGGCGCUCGCACACAUCGCGCCCCACAUGCGCGACGUCUUCGCCAUAGGCCCUCUCAACGCCAUCUCGGCCGCGCCGGCGUCGGCCACCAGCCUGUGGCGCGAGGACGACGGCUGUACGGCGUGGCUCGAUGGGCACGCGGACCGGUCCGUCGUGUACGUGAGCUUGGGGAGCCUCGCCAUCAUUUCGCGGGAGCAGUUCGCCGAGUUCCUGUCCGGCCUCGUCGGCGCCGGCUACGCGUUCCUGUGGGCGCUCCGGCCGGACAUGGUCGGCGCGAGCCAGAGCGCCGCUCUCCAGGAAGCCGUCGACGCGGCGGGGAAGAGCAAGGUGCGCGUCGUGGACUGGGCGCCGCAGCGAGACGUGCUGCGGCACCGCGCCGUGGGGUGCUUCCUGACGCACGCCGGGUGGAACUCCACGUUGGAGGGCAUCGCGGAGGGCGUGCCGCUGGCGUGCUGGCCGUUCUUCGCGGACCAGCAGAUCAACAGCCGGUUCACGGCCGCCGUGUGGGGGACGGGGCUGGACAUGAAGGACGUGUGCGAGAGGGCCGUCGUGGAGCGGAUGGUGAGGGAGGCCAUGGAGUCCGGCGAGCUAAGGAGGUCGGCUCAGGCGCUGGCGCGGCAGGUGACGAGGGACAUCGCCGAAGGGGGCUCCUCGGCGUCGGAAUUCGAGAGGCUCGUGGGGUGGAUUUUUCCUAACCGAUUGCGCGCACAACCUGUAUCCUUGCCGUCCAUCCAGGGCACUGUCCAAUCAACCUGCCCCACCAUGUUGUCAGCCAUGCAGUGUAUUCCUUGAUCAUGUGAUAUUCUGUGGUGUGUAUAUGAAGCAGUAUUGCAGCAAA